AUGGUAAUUGACUCUGCUGAGGAAAUGCUCUAUCAGUCUUGUCUAAAGAUACUGUUGGGUUCUUCCGAUACAACUACAAAUCAUCAAGAUGUUGUUCUUCAGGUUUUCUUUGACAAGCAUAUUCAAAAAUUGAUUGACGUAAUAGCUUCGUCCUGCGCUCCAAAGGGCAUUGCCAGAUCAACGUCAGGUUCAGCUGGUGUUCGCACAAUGGUUGAACAGCAUUCUGCUAUGCCUGAAACAUUAUUGAAAAUUUGUGAGCUUUUAUCCUUCUGUGCACUUCAUCUUACAAACAGGAUGAGGAUAUUUUUUGCAACCAAUGCAAUGGAGAAAGUUCUUACUUUAACCCAUCGGAGAGAGAAGGUUUUGGUUGUGGUAGCUGUCCAGUUCAUUCGGACUGUAAUUGGCAGAAAGGAUGACUUUCUUGUUGACCGUGUUAUCAUGCUGAACUUGUUGAAGCCAGUUAUUAAGGCAUUUGAUGAAAAUGGCGAUAGAGACAACAUGCUACAAUCUGUGCCUUCUGUGGUCCUUGAACUGUUGGAGUACAUAAGAAAGGAAAAUCUUGAGCCCCUUAUUGAAUAUGUUGCUGAGUCUUUUUGGGGCCAACUUGUGAAGUUUGAACGAUUGAAGAGUAUUCAGGCCUUCAAACUUAAGUACCACCUCAUGUCAAUAAAAUAUGAUGUUCCAGAAAAGGCAUGUAACUCAUUUGCUCGUUAUUUUGCAACUUAUAUGCAACAACAACUUUUGCCGACCAGAGGUAGUAUGCUUAUUGUGGAGAGUGCAGAAACAAAGCGAAGUACUGGUGUGGUUGGCAUGAGAAAGAAAGCAGACGAAAGAGGUGCUGAUAAGGAACAGGAAGGUUAUUUUAAUAAGGACAGUGACAGAGUAGAUUCUUCUACACCAACACUGCAUUCACAGGAGCAAUCUAUCCCUGCAAGAAAGCCUGUUAAUGCUGAUGAGGCCCAAGUGGUGGGGAACAAUCCAGAUGGUGGCAGACAUUCAUCUCACAAAAAGCUAAAGAGUGUUGCUUCAGCCUCGCCUUCUAGAAGCACGAAAAGUUCUGAAGGCAGUGGCGAAGGGGAUGGAAGCCAAGGCUCUUGGAAGGAUUGGAAGUUGAGUAUGAACUCCUUUUUGUGCAGCACUAUAGAAGGAAAGCUCAUCCUCGUUUUAUUGAAUUAA